AUGGAUCCAAACCAACUCAACUCUUUCUUCAAUUACUUACAAAAUUUUUCUCAAAUUCCAAAUACCCAACAAUCUCAAACCUCAAACUCUCAAGUUCCAAAUCAAAACUUCACACUACCAAAUUCAUUUCAAAAUCCAAAUCCACAAAAUCUUUCUAAUUUCAAUUUUCAAGCUCCUUAUAAUAAUCAGUUUCCUAUAUUCCAACUGCAAAAUCAAAAUUCACAAACACCCCAUGUUCCAUUUUCGUCCAUAUUUAACCCUUCUAUCGGAAAUGUUACUCCAACUUCCUUGCCGUUUCCAACUCAAUUUAGUGCAUCAAGACAUAACUCAUCUGGUGUUGGUGGCUCUUCUAACCCAUCCUCUCAGACUCCUAUACAAUCUAGUCCAAAUUCGCAAUAUUCAGAUUUUGCCAACCCUCGUGGAUUAGAUGCUAUCGACCUUAAUGAUGAUGAUGUUGAAGAUCAGAGGCAAGAUAGUAUUCAAUACUGGCAUUGGAAAGAGGAUAAGAUGCUGAUCAGUGGAUGGUUAAAUAUUUCAACUGACCCUGUAGUUGGUACCGAUCAAAAGGGGGAAAUAUUUUGGAGUCGAAUUCAUAGCUAUUGUGUAGAAUUUUGCACCGACAUGACAACGGGGGUAGUUGCAUGUAAGAAACGAUGGUAUAAGAUCAACAAGGCUGUUGCACAAUUUGCUGGUUGCUACGAUCAAGCUAGUCGAAACAUAAGGAGUGGUUCGAACGCUGAUGAUAUAAAGGAGUUGGCUUAUAAACUUUAUUCCACAAAUUAUGGUCAAAAGUUCACUUUUGAGAGGCAUUGGAACAUGCUUCGGUUGGAGCAAAAAUGGAGAAGCUAA